AUGCAGCUCUGCUCUGUCAACGCCUCCAGGAAAGAAUCACCCACUCUUCUCCACCACAUCCCCACCGCUACUGUGCCAACUCAACUGCAGGGCGCCGCUCACCUCCCUCUCCUGAAGCCACAUCAAAGAGACCCGGGACAGAGCGCAGGGCGGCACGGCUGCUGCUUCCCUGGGCUUUGGGAGCUGGAGCCAGGUUAUGGGGCUGAGCGCUGCUGCAGAAGACUUAGUGCCCUGUCUGCAGAGAAUGUGCGUGUUGUUCGUUUAGGGUCUGUCCAACCCACAGGAGACAGGGUCCAGCCGGCAGAGACAAACGGGACCUUGGAAUGGGAUGAUGAGGAGCUCUACUGUGGACAAGAAACGGGAGCUCUGCUGAAACAGAAGCCCGGGCGAAUAGAGAACACGCACACUCUGGAGCACACUCUGGAGCACACUCUGGAGCACACUCUGGAGCACACUCUGGAGCACACUCUGGAGCACACUCUGGAGGACACUCUGGAGCACACUCUGGAGCACACUCUGGAGCACACUCUGGAGCACACUCUGGAGCACACUCUGGAGCACACUCUGGAGGACACUCUGGAGCACACUCUGGAGCACACUCUGGAGGACACUCUGGAGGACACUCCGGAGCUCACUAUGGGGCUGUCAGGGAGAUUCUUCAGAUUGUGA